AUGGACCAAGUCGUAAGGGCGGGCUGGCUGGUUGUAUAUAUAAUUUUCUCCGUUGCCUUUUCCCGGGAUUUGGAGAACGAAGAGAGAUGGCUUGGGGAGGGGGGUGGAUAUCAGGAAGGGCGAAAGGGCGUCCGUCCUCUCUUUCAACGGCGUGUAAGCAGCUGGAGACUCGAGGCGAGAGAGCCAACCCAAUCGGCAACACGAGAGCAGCAGGCGAAGCACCACUGGCAGAGGAGGACUCUCCAGCAGCCCAGGAGCAAGCGUAGAGAGAGAGAGAGUCGGUCCGUGAAGGAUGCAGGUAGACGCAACGCAGUGAGCAGCAGAGAAGAGACCGGCGGCCAAUGCCAAAAACACCUAGAUUUGCAGUCAAUCGAGCCCCCGGGAGGCAGGACAGCGAGGAGCAGCCGCGAGCGAGACGACAACGGUCUUUGUGCUGGCAGAGAGACGGCGUCGAGGACGGGGCGUGAAGAGGAUGCAGCAGCUGGGCUGGUCGUGGAGCGCUGGGUGGAAGUUGAAGAAAGGUUGAAGUUGCGGAAUGAAAGUCGACGAAGUGAAAGUUCCAGGAAGGUCGAGCGAGUUUGGGAGGGGGCUUCGGGGCUGGUCGCAGUGGGCGGCCGUAGAAGGUCAACCUCAAGGCCCACGCAACGACACAGAAGACAGCGACGACGACGACACGACAGCAACGGUGAUGGUGAUGGUGAUGAUGGAGAUGGAUAUGGAGAUGGAGAUGGAGAUGAGACGGACAGAUGCGGUUUGAGAGAAGACGGAAGAGAGGCAGAGAGGGAGAGCGGAAGGGGAGGAACGGGUUAA